GGGUAAAGAAAGGGAGGGAGUUGGGUAGGGGUUACAUACAUACAUACAUACCUUUAAAGCCAUUGCGGCGGGUUAGGGUUUGGCCACCUAACAGAGAAAGAAAAUCAUCAUCAUCAUUUGCGAGAGAGAGAUUGAGGAUGACGACGCAGAAACAGAGCUGGGAGGCACAGCAGAUGCAGAGAGUGAAGAACUCGGGGAUGAUAAGCAGCAAUGUGAAUAAUGGGAUUGGGAGUCCGUUGAAGGAGGAUCAAGAGGAGGAGAUUUCAAGAUCGGCAUUGGCUCUGUUUAGGGCUAAGGAAGAGGAAAUAGAGAGGAAGAAGAUGGAGAUGAGGGAGAAGGUAGAAGCUCGCCUUGGACGAGCUGAAGAAGCUACGAAGCGAUUGGCGGAGAUUCGCGAAGAACUUGAAGGAAUGACGGAUCCGAUGAGGAAGGAAGUUUCAUUCAUACGGAAGAAGAUUGAUUUGGUGAACAAAGAGUUGAAGCCAUUGGGACUCACUUGCCAAAAGAAGAAGAGAGAAUACAAAGAAGUGUUAGAUUUAUUUAACGAGAAGAACAGAGAGAAAUCUCAAUUGGUAUCCAAACUAAUGGAGUUGGUGAAUGAAAGCGAAAAAUUGAGGAUGAGGAAGCUGGAAGAGCUGAGCAAGAACAUUGACAUCCUGCAUUAAGAAGUGUUCUUCUAAGUUCUAACUUGAAUUAAUCACCAACAACUUUGUUUGUAUUUCCACAUUUUUUUUCUCCUCAACUCUCAUAUACAUAUCUUUUCUUUUUCGAAGUUUCCCAUCAGAAGAAAAAAAAAAGAGAGAGGAGGGAGAAAAAAAUGGAAUUAACUUUGCCAACAAAUGGGAAUGACGUUUGCUUGUAUUAAUAAGUUUGAUCACAACCACGUGAAUACUGUGUUGAUAGUGUGAUGCAUGUUUGACAAUGAUAUUUUUCCAUUUCUUUA